AUAAAUUGCAUACCCUUAUCUACUAUGGCAGACGAACAAUUAACCAUUUUGUAUAUGAUCAAUCCAGACCCCAUAUUUUAUGGUAUGAUGGAUCAACUUAUAAUUGAAACCUUCCAAAAAUUAAAAGUUAAUGUAAUUGUCACAGAACUUGAAGAAUUAAGUGUUAUCAUUGGAAACGUAAAUAAUUGAUCAUAUAUCAAUAUAGGAAAUAACAUUCUAUAGAAAAGGAGAAUAAAUACACUUUGAUGCAUUUUUAGCAUAUGGAUAUAUGGCUCCAAAACACUACUAAGAUUAUAUGUAUUUCAAUUUUGCUGUACAUUCUGCUGGAAAAAUCACUCUUCAUCAUCCCUCUACAGAGAGUAGCUAGAUGUGGAGCUUCUUUCUCAUUAAAUACCUUCAAAUAAAAUCUAAGAAGAUUUAAUAAUAAAUCUAUCAUAAAAGAAGUUGAAGGUUAUGAAGGCACUGGAGUUAAACUUUCAAUAAAUCAUAAUUAAAGUACAGAACUAUUUUGUAAGUCUAUGUGGAAUGGAGAAUAAGCCAUUAUAUAAGAUUUUAUUGAUGAUACUAUUGGAAGAUCAAUUAGAGUUCUUGUAAUUGGUGGUAAAGCUGUUUCUGUCACUGAAUUCUAAGAUAAUGUGGUAAUUAUUAUCAUCUAAAUCUAGGAUUUUAAAUCUAAUGGAUAUAGUGAUGACUUUUAAAUUCAAUCUAAGAUGGAUUCAGAAAAAAAAUAAGAAUAUUUUAAAAUUGCUGAAAAGGCUUGUGCAGCUAUAGAUCCCCAUUUAACAAUUGGAGGAGUUGAUAUUUUGGAUUCUAGAAAGAAUGGAAUUGUUGUUUUAGAAAUUAAUAGUUGGCCUGAGAUGACAUUCUCAUAAGAUGCUACAGGCCUUCCUCUCUUUGAAUAAUUUGGCUAAGAAUUUAUUGAAAAAAUAAUAUCUAAUAAUAGAGAAAGAACAGACUCAACUUGA